AUGGCCGGCAUCGAGAUCUCAUUCAGCACCAUCAAACCGGUCCUCAUCUUCUUCGGUCCGGUUAUCAUCACACGCCUUCUCAACGCCUACCGCACCCUGCGCGUAUCCGUUUCAACCCGUCCUCCACCUCGCCCCCUCCCCGCUGCACCAGGUCGAGCAUUGAACAUCCUAUUCGGCAGCAUCGUCCUCUUCCUUCUUCUCAGCUUACCCUUCAAUCCCCACGCCCCGGGUCCGAAUGUCUUCGCUGCCACACGCUCGCGGAUCAACACGCCGACGAAUGUCAUCUUCGAUCGUCUCGCGCGGCUCCAGUUCAACGGCAAAUUGAGCGAUUUCGACGCCUUGCUCCAGACGAAGUUUACUUCCAACGAUGCUCGCAAGAUAUAUCUCACCUAUGGCCCGGACGCCCUGGCCUCGUGCCAGUACUGCACGCUCGACAACCAAGUCACGUACCUACUCUACUACAUCCCCUUCAAUGUCCUGCUCCCGCACCUAGUACACCUCCUGAUCCUGGGCGUGGCCACCUCCGCUCCCUUCGCGGGCCAGGAGUCUGCGCGCUGGCGCAACAAAUUCACCAUCACGGGUCUCGCCCUCUUUCUCUUUGACCUCUACGCAGUCUACUCCUACGAUCCCAUGCAAGCGGCCUCCGCCGCCGUACGAGCCGGCGUCAGUCCCCCAGCAAGCUUCUACAACAAAGUCACACUCCUCCGACCGCUAGUCUUCGCAGUCUGCGACUCAAUCUGUGCAAGUAUUAUCUGGCUCUCGGCUACGCAUCGCUUCUUCUUUAAGCCGCCGUCUCAGCCUGAGCAAGUCGACAAUGCGAUCACCGCUGCUUUGGCUGCGCUGACCAACGCAAACUCCAAACUUCAUGGCUCCAAUGUGACGCGCAAUGCUGUCGUUCGUGACAAGGCGCUCAAGACUCGUGAUGAUGCGUACUGGCAGACCAUUGUCUCGAUGGAGAACCCGGCUCGAGCGCCUGGAGAGGGUAAUGGGGGUAUGACGAUUGACAAUAUUUGGGAGGAAGAAGAGGUUGCGAGAGCUGUGUCGAGGACUAUGGCGGGUCAGGGGGGUGUGGAUGUUGCGCAGUUGGGAGUGAAGGCGAAUGAGUUUGUGCGGGAUAUUACAGAAGGGUUGGAUGGCUAA